AUGGAUUCAACUAACGUAGAGGAAAUCUCAUUAGAUUAUUUAUCAAAUACAUCAGUUGAAAAGGACAGAGGGAUCUCAUAAACAGUGUAAAAUUAACAAGAGUUUGAUAAUUUAAAUGAAGAUUUUUAAAACCUUGAAAUUGUGUUGGAAAUAAAUGAUAUUAUGAAUGAUAUUUGGAACAUUAAAUUGGCAGAGAAAUAUGAAAAAUCACUAUAAUACUAUAGAGACUAUAAAAUAAUCAUAAAUAAGUUGGAUAAAUAUUUCAAAAACAACAUCGAAAAAACUAAGAUAUUUAUGUAUCUAACAAUUGAUAAAUAAAUUAAGUACACAGAAGAAAUUGCUAAUUUUUUUUACUAUUUAUUAAUGAAGGAUGUUAAAAGAAUUUAGGCUAAACAUAUUAUCAAAUAUCUUGAAUAUUCAGCUGAAAAGCCAAUUAAAGUAGAUGCCUUUUAAAUUUUUGCAGACAAAUGUAAUAUCAGUCUCAGUGGAUAUAAUUUGAGUGAUUAUAAGAAGAAACCAGAAAAAACUAGAUAAAUAUAAAUUUCUUAUAAAUAACAAGAUAUUGUAUUAUUUUAAAAAAAUACAAUUACUUUACUUGAUAUUUUAUAUAGAAAUUAAUAUAAUGAAUUAGGAAUUGCAAUAGAUCUACUUAUGAUAGGGGAUUUUAGUAUCGAGGAAGUUGUUAAUGCAAAAGGUUAGUAAGUAGAAAGCUUUCAUCAAUCAUAUAUCUUUAGGAUUUAUCAACAAACAUUUCUGAAUAUGCACAAAACCCUUGAAUUAAGAUCAAAAUGGUUUCAUAAAGGAACUCAAUUGUAAUUAGAUACAUUUCAUGGACAAAAUGUGCACUUAGUAUCAUUGCCAGAAGGUACUGAAAGGAGAUCAAGAUUGACAUAAAGAUUAAAUAUUGCAAAAGGAUAAAUUUUAAGUAAGGGAUAUUAUUAGAAUAAUAACGAAUCGUUAUCUUUCUAUUCGUACCUUAAGAACCUUAAAGUAGAUUAGAUUAAAUGAUUUUUCAAAGGAUUUAAUCCUGAUUAAUGAAAUAAAUAAUAUAUAUUCAAAUAGAUAGAUAUAUAUUUGGGGAGAAGUAUUAUUAA